CCAUAACUCCUCUCCAAGGCAAGCUUCUCCUUUCAAUUUCCACAUCACGGAAAGCAGCAGAAAGGAGACAGCUUAUAUACAAUUCAAGGGUAAAACCAAAUCCAAGGAGAAAAAGAAAAAUAGCGAGUAAGAAAUUGAGAUCGACCUCCACACGAUGCCGGCCGCGCCGCUGCCUGAGUUCUCGAGCUCGGUCAAGCUCAAGUACGUCAAGCUGGGAUACCAAUACCUCGUGAACAACUUCCUGACCUUCCUCCUGGUCCCUUUCAUGGCUGUACUGGCCGUCGAGCUAGUCCGUCUCGGCCCCGACGAGAUCAUCACGCUGUGGCGGUCCCUCCAUCUCGACCUCGUCGAGAUCCUCUGCAUGGCGUUCUUGAUAGUGUUCGUUUCCACGGUCUACUUCAUGUCGCGGCCCCGGCCGGUGUACCUGGUGGACUACGCCUGCUUCAAGCCCCCGAACACGUGCCGCGUUCCCUUCGCUACCUUCAUGGAGCACACCCGGCUCAUCUACUCCGACCCCAAGAGCGUCCAGUUCCAGACCCGCAUCCUCGAGCGCUCCGGCUUGGGCGAGGAGACCUGCCUUCCCCCGGCCAACCACUACAUCCCCCCCAACCCCACCAUGGAGGCCUCCCGCGCCGAGGCCCAGUUCGUCAUCUUCUCCGCCAUCGACGACCUCAUCAAGAAAACCGGCGUCAAGCCCAAGGAUAUCGAUAUCCUCGUCGUUAACUGCAGCCUCUUCUCUCCCACGCCGUCCCUCUCGGCGAUGAUCGUGAACAAGUACAAACUCCGCAGCAACAUCCGAAGCUUCAACCUCUCCGGCAUGGGAUGCAGCGCGGGGCUGCUCUCCAUUGACCUCGCCCGCGAUCUCCUUCAGGUGCACUCGAACUCGAACGCCCUUGUCAUCUCCACGGAGAUCAUCACGCCCAACUUCUACUCCGGCAACCAGCGGGCGAUGCUCCUGCCCAACUGCCUCUUCCGCAUGGGCGCCGCCGCCAUCCUGCUGUCGAACCGCCCCCGAGAGGCCCGGCGUGCAAAGUACCGGCUUGUCCACGUGGUGCGCACCCACAAGGGCGCCGACGACCGGGCCUACCGCUGCAUCUACGAAGAGGAGGACGCCGAGGGCUACUCGGGGAUCUCACUGUCCAAGGACCUCAUGGCGAUCGCCGGCGAGGCGCUCAAGUCCAACAUCACCACCAUCGGCCCGUUGGUUCUGCCGGUGUCGGAGCAGCUGCUCUUCUUCUUCACCCUCGUCGGCCGGAAGCUCAUCAACAUGAAAUGGAAGCCCUACAUCCCCGACUUCAAGCUGGCCUUCGAGCACUUCUGCAUCCACGCCGGCGGCCGCGCGGUGAUCGACGAGCUGCAGAAGAACCUGCAGCUGUCGCCGGAGCACGUCGAGGCGUCGCGCAUGACGCUGCACCGCUUCGGCAACACCUCCAGCAGCUCCCUCUGGUACGAGCUCAGCUACAUCGAGUCCAAAGGCCGGAUGCGGCGCGGCGAUCGGGUGUGGCAGAUCGGCUUCGGCAGCGGCUUCAAGUGCAACAGCGCUGUCUGGAAGUGCAUCCGCACCAUCAAGACCCCCGUCGAUGGGCCGUGGGCCGACUGCAUCCACCGCUACCCGGUCCACAUCCCGGAGGUCGUCAAGCUUUGAUGGAGGAACUUAAUUAGCCCGACGACGAUCUACCAUAGAUCACCAACCCUCAGCCAAUGCAUAGACUUCUUCUUUCUCUCUCUCUCUCUCGCUCGCUCUCUGUAUCGGUAUCUGCUCUCCAUGUGUGCUUGGAUUUGCUUCGACGGUGUACUUAAUGCUGGCAAGACAGCCACCUUGGUCUAAAACUGGAAUGGGGUUUUGAGAGGACGUGUCCGUCCUCCUGUACGUGACAAUGCACUUAAUACGCGAUUAGCGAAUGACGUGCAUCCUAUAUCGGAAUAAAUGGAUCUAAAAUAA